UUCCAAUGAUGAGAGACCCAUUUGCCAUAAAGAAAGCUCCCCCCGCAAGCCGGACCUCAUCAAACCUUUGGAUCCGUCUCAACUAUUUCUCCAGCUCCUCCCCCUACUCUAAAUCCAACUAAACACUUCCUCUCUACUUUACUCUUCAUUGUCUUCUCCAACCUCUCCUCCAAUUCAGGUACCUACAACUCAACUGCGCGAUCUCUGUAUCUCCAUAGAACAGCAACACCGAAAGCUGUAAGUCCUGCAAGUACAAGCAGUUCUGACAAGCUACACGGUCACGCUACCCCGCCAUCAACGUCGCACCUGCAGGCGCAACGCUCAACGAAAAAAAAAACUAUUUUGAAAUCAACCCCCAGCGACAGACACAAUGGCAACCGCCGUCGAGCAACCCCAAAUGCCCCAGGAGCUCAGGACUUCGGCUCCCGAGUCUCUCCCCAAGAGUGCCAUCCCAGCUGCCGUCGCUUCUCCCGUUCCAGCUCCUGCAGCCACCGAAACUGUCUCAUUGAGAGCUGAGGAGGCUCCCGCUCCCGCUCAAGAGACAAAGGCUCCUGUAGUCGCUGAGGCUCAUCUCGUUGAUACCUACCACCCUCCUCAGCGCAUGUUUGCUAGUAUGUCAAUUGCGCCCCUUUGUUUUCUAUUGAGGCGAAAUUACUCGCCGUAGUGUCUCCCGCUAGACCCUGCUGUGUGGUUCUUUGCUUAUUCUUGACUCCAUCGUGCUCCGUUUACCUGGCUCAUACUAACCUUGCAACCCGGCAGAGCAUCCCCACCGGCCCCACCUUGCCAACCUCGAAGAAUACAAGCGACUUUACAAGGAAUCCAUCACUCAACCCGAGAAGUUCUGGGCUGAGCGCGCACGCGAGCUCAUCUCCUGGGACCGCGACUUCCAGACCACCCGAAGUGGUUCUCUUCUCAAUGCUGAUGUCUCCUACUUCAACGAGGGCCGCCUGAAUGCCUCAUACAACUGUGUCGACCGUCAUGCUUUUAAGGACCCCGAUCGUGUUGCCAUCAUUUAUGAGGCCGACGAGCCCACCGAGGGUCGCAAUGUCACCUACGGAGAGCUCCUCCGAGAGGUCUCUCGUACUGCCUGGGUUCUCAAGCAGAUGGGUGUCCGCAAGGGCGAUACCGUUGCUAUCUACCUUCCCAUGAUUCCCGAGGCCAUCAUCGCUCUCAUGGCCUGUGUCCGUAUUGGUGCCGUGCACUCCGUUAUCUUUGCUGGUUUCUCUUCCGACUCUCUCCGCGACCGUGUUGUCGACGCCGGCUGCAAGGUUGUCAUCACAACUGAUGAAGGCAAGCGAGGUGGCAAGUUGAUUGGCACGAAGAAGAUUGUUGAUGACGCUCUCAAGCAGUGCCCUGCUGUUGAGAACGUCCUUGUCUACAAGCGUACUGGCUCAGAAAUUCCCUGGACCAGCGGCCGUGACUUCUGGUGGCAUGAGGAGGUUGAAAAGUGGCCCAACUACUUCCCUCCCGAGCCUGUCGCUUCCGAGGACCCUCUAUUCCUCCUUUAUACCUCCGGCUCCACUGGCAAGCCUAAGGGUGUCCUGCAUACAACCGCCGGGUACCUCCUCGGCGCUGCUAUGACCGGCAAGUAUGUCUUUGACAUCCACGAGGGCGAUAGAUACUUCUGUGGUGGUGAUGUCGGCUGGAUUACCGGUCACACCUAUGUCGUUUAUGCUCCUCUUAUGCUCGGUGUAUCCACAGUUGUAUUCGAGGGUACACCUGCCUACCCCAACUUUUCGCGAUACUGGGACAUCAUCGAGAGACACAACGUUACUCAGUUCUACGUUGCCCCCACUGCUUUGAGACUGCUGAAGCGUGCCGGUGACGAGCAUGUUCGUGGCAAGUUCGCUCACCUUCGCGUACUGGGCUCGGUCGGCGAACCUAUCGCCGCCGAGAUCUGGAAGUGGUAUUUCGAGGUUAUUGGAAAGGAGGAGUGCCACAUUGUUGAUACUUACUGGCAAACCGAGUCUGGUUCUCAUGUUCUCACGCCCUUGGCUGGAAUUACACCAACCAAGCCAGGCAGUUGUUCUUUGCCCUUCUUUGGGGUUGAGCCCGCUCUCAUCGAUCCUGUUUCCGGCGAAGAGAUUCACGGAAACGACGUCGAGGGUGUACUGACCUUUAAGCAGUCCUGGCCUAGCAUGGCUCGCACCGUCUGGGGAGCCCAUAACCGGUACAGAGAGACUUACCUUGAUGUCUACAAGGGUUAUUACUUCACUGGAGACGGAGCUGCUAGAGAUCACGAGGGCUUCUACUGGAUUCGGGGUCGCGUUGACGACGUCGUCAAUGUCAGCGGCCACCGAUUGUCCACUGCUGAGAUCGAGGCUGCUCUGUUGGAGCACCACUCUGUUGCUGACGCAGCUGUCGUCGGUAUCGCUGAUGAGCUUACUGGCCAAGCUGUGAAUGCCUUUGUUGAUCUCAAAGAGGGCGUUGAAUCAAGUGAUGCUCUGCGCAAGGAGCUUAUUGUCCAAGUGCGCAAGAGCAUUGGUCCUUUCGCUGCUCCCAAGGCGGUGUACGUCGUGCCUGACAUGCCCAAGACACGAAGUGGCAAGAUUAUGCGACGAGUAUUGAGGAAGAUUGUUGCUGGUGAGGAGGACCAGCUCGGAGACAUUACUACUCUUUCUGAUCCUUCUGUUGUUGAGAAGAUUAUCAAGGCUGUUCACGAUGCCAAGCGCAAGUGAGGUCAGUGACAAAAAGGGUUAUAAAGACAUGAUGCAUAUUAUCUAGUGGAGUUAUAUACCAUGGAUACAAGGCAAGCGGGAAAGGAAUAGUUUGCCGACAACGGAAGCGGCCUGGAAUCAGAUUUCCGCUCGGUGUUUGGGGUUGAUGUUGGGAUUCAGCCACGACCUGGAAGAGGAUCUUGAUGGCUUAAGAACCAUUUUUAUGAGGUUGAUUUAUGAGCAUUGCGGUCUAAUUUUUCUCACAUGUUUUUUAAGCUAGCAAGGCAAAAAGAAAGUCCAAUAAUGAAACAUUGGUUAAGACAUCAAUGAUGUCCGUGGUGCAGGGUAGUGGUGUCAAAGAACCACAACAAGUGAUUGAUGUCAAAACAAGGUUCUGCACGAAUCUGUCUUCGAAUGGCUAGGUGUUUCCUUUUGUUAAGUUUGACUUGGAGGAGAUUUGGAUAGAGAAAAACAGCCUAUUACGCCAGCUUCCAAAGGACGCGUGGACACAGCUCGCUCUGAAGUGGGAUAUCAAGUGGGAUGAUAAAGAGCAAACGGUCAUGAUAAUUUUUAACGACGUUCCAAGAUUUAAGCUUCAGUAUUUCUGGGCCGUCGCGUGGGACCACGGGAGGUCUAGAACGAGAAAGGACUUGAACGGUUUUCACAGUUGCAGAGAUAUCAACCAGCUCCACGAGCCAAAGGCGCCAAUAGAUGGUCCCACUGGAGUGCCAAGGGUGAUGAAGUCGUCAUCGUUUUUGGGGGCUGUUGGUGUGUGAGUUGCAAGGGUGGGAUAGUUUGAGAGUAGGUAAUUUUUAUUUCCCGCUGACUGGAGGCUGCGUAAAGUUGAGGGGCCGACUUGAUUCUUUGGCUCGUAUACCUAAGGUAUUUAAAGAGCAAUGAUUUAAAUGAGUUCCCGAUGACAUCGUGACAUCGUUGUAAAACAAGCCUUUUCAGCCACGGCGUUUGAUAAGAAAUCUUGGGACAGCCCGAUAAAGUAGCAACAACGUGGCAGCAGAGUCUAUCGUUUAUCUGGGUAAUAAAGUCUG